AUGCUACGCCUCGCGGCCAAGCUGGUGGCGUUCUUCUGGAGGAGGGCGGAUGGCGUGGAGGAAGAGGAGGUCGAGCUGCUGGGGCCCAAGCUCCAGGAAGGUGACCCCAAGCUGAAAACCGUCCAGGGUGUCGUGACAAGGUACUGUGGCGAUUAUGGCAUGAUUGAUGACUUGAUCUACUUCUCCAAUGAGGCGGUGACCUCCAAAGUGCUUCUGAAUGUUGGACAGGAAGUUAUUGCGGUUGUGCAAGAAGAUAAAGUGUCAAGUGGACUGAAAGCAAUUAGGGUGGAAGCUUUCUCUGAUAAAUGGGAAGAUGACAGCAAAAGCCACGGCAGAGGGCUGGCAGACUCCAGCCCCCGAGUGCUGAUCGGCUGUGUGACGUCGGUCAUGCCAGGAGCUGGCUACAUCAGUCAGACCACAUACUUCUCUCUGGAGAGUGUUUGUGAAGGUUUCAGGCCCUGCAAGGGAGACUGGGUGGAGGCGGAGUACUGGAUCCGGCCGGGCACCUGCACCAGCGAGGCCCUCUCCGUGAAGCCGCUGAGGUUCAAGCGCGUGGACAGGGUCUGCAUUUCCAGCCUCUGCGGGAGAAACGGGGUGCUGGACGACAGCAUCUUCUUCACCUUGGACUCGCUGAAACUUGCGGAAGGAUACGUGCCCCGAAGACACGACGUGGUCAGCGCCGUGGUGGUGGAGAGCAGCCAGUCCUGCUACGCCUGGAGGGCCCUGUGCAUGGCCCCGGUGAAGACGGGGGACUCCUCUGCCUUCGAAGAGACUGCCGGUGAGUUCUGUGAAGCCCUUUUACUGAAGAACAAAGGUGAUGUUGAAGUCACAAGGAUGACAAAUUUUGGAACAUUAAAAGAAGGAGGAAGUAAAGAUAUGGUGAUCUGGAUAGAGAAUAAAGGAGACGUUCCUCAGAACUUAGUCAGCUGUAAACUGGCUGGCUGGGAUAAAGCUAAACAAUUCAGAUUUCAAAUGCUGGAUGAAGGCCAGACGUGCCGCGCAGGGUCCCUUGUUCCUGUCCCUGAGAAGGAGAAGAAUUUUUCAGAUGAAAAUACUAACUCACUGGACAGCUACCAAAAAAGCACAGCCUCUCCGACAUCGGAGAGCAGUUCCGGGAACAACCAAGGCGUCUCUCCAGAUGACUGUACCGGUAAAGGAGGAAACGGAGACAAAGAACAGACAGCACCAAGGAAGCAGGCCUCGGAGCUGGAACCCGGAGGGUGCAUCCCUCCGGGUGGAAAGACGAUGCUUACGGUCACUUGUGAUGCAAAGAGUUCCGGCCGGUGCAGGGAGCUCCUCCUGCUCUGCUUCUCCAGCUUCACCAUCGGCCGGUUCCUGGAGGUGAACGUGGUCAGCGGGGAGGAGUUGCUGGUAGCGGCGCGGGAGCCGUUUUCCUGGAAGAGGUCUAAACCGUCUCCCACGUCAGCGUCCACAAAAACCACAGUCGUGACCACGCAGAAGAGGAACUCAAGACGACAACUUCCAAGUUUCCUUCCGCAGUAUCCGAUACCAGAUAGACUUAAGAAAUGUGUGGAACAAAAAAUCGACAUUCUGACAUUCCAGCCGUUACUGGCAGAGCUUUUGAACAUGUCGAACUACAAGGAGAAGUUUUCGACUCUGCUCUGGCUUGAGGAGAUUCAUGCAGAAAUAGAACUGAAAGACUAUAACAUGAGUGGGGUCACCUUGAAAAAAAACGGGGAUUUGCUGGUUCUGGAGGUCCCGGGACUGGCGGAAAGCAGGCCUUCUCUGUACACAGGUGAUAAACUGAUCUUAAAAACUCAAGAGUACAACGGACAUGUCGUCGAGUACGUCGGCUACGUGACUGAGAUUCACGAGGAAGAUGUAAGUCUUAAACUUAACCAAGAAUUUGAACAAGCGUAUAACUUCGAGCCCAUGGACGUGGAAUUUACAUACAACAGGACCACAAGCAGACGGUGUCACUUUGCACUCGAACACGUCAUCCACUUAGGUGUAAAAGUGUUGUUUCCAGAAGAAAUCAUUUUACAGUCUCCCCAAGUGGCAAUAAAUUGGAACUACGCACAAGACACCAAACAUGAUGGACAGCCCACCGCCAAGAAUCAGAAAUCCACGAAGGACCAAAGUAAACACGCAGCAAAGGAGCGCCUGGCUGGUGCCCGGGACAAGCCGUGGCCGGCAGCCUUAGCGAGUGCAGUGCAGAUCCCCGAGGCGCGAGAAAAGGAGUUUUUCAAUCCCGUGCUCAAUGAAAACCAGAAGUUGGCGGUUAGGAGAAUUCUCAGUGGCGACUGCCGCCCGCUCCCGUACAUUCUGUUUGGGCCUCCUGGAACCGGGAAGACGCUGACAAUCAUAGAGGCUGUUUUACAGGUAACCACAGGCGGGGCCACGCCACCCGUGACCUCGGCUCACCGCUCACGUCCGAGGGAGGUGGUGGCUCAGGCGGACUCGGGAAGCGGGGACAGGCUCGGAAACCCGUUCUUCCGUGUUUUGCGGUCUCUGUUCUGUAUUUACAGGCACAUCUGCAGGUUCGAGGAGACCAUCAUUGAUGCCAUCAGGUCGUACUGCAAAGACGGAGAGGACAUCUGGAAGGCUUCGCGCUUCCGGAUAAUAAUCACCACGUGCAGCAGCGCGGGGCUCUUCUACCAGAUAGGACUGAGAGUCGGACAUUUCACGCACGUGUUUGUGGACGAAGCGGGACAGGCGAGUGAGCCCGAGUGCCUGAUUCCUCUGGGGCUGGUUUCGGACGCCAGCGGCCAGAUCAUUCUCGCCGGGGACCCCAUGCAGCUUGGCCCGGUCAUUAAGUCCAGACUCGCCAUGGCCUACGGGCUGAACGUGUCUAUGCUGGAAAGACUGAUGGCCCGGCCGGUGUAUCUGAGGGACGAAGACGCUUUCGGUGCCUGUGGCGCCUACAACCCCUUGCUGGUUACAAAGCUCGUGAAGAACUACAGGUCCCACUCGGCUCUGCUGGCGCUGCCAUCAAGACUCUUCUACCACAAAGAGCUCGAAGUCUGCGCCGACCCCAAGGUGGUGACCUCCCUGCUGGGCUGGGAGAAGCUACCAAAGAAAGGCUUCCCCCUCGUGUUCCACGGCGUGAGGGGCAGCGAAGCUCGUGAAGGGAGGAGCCCGUCCUGGUUCAACGCGGCCGAGGCCGUCCAGGUCAUGCGCUACUGCUGCCUCCUGGCCAGGGGCGCCUCCACCCAGGUGCCUGCAGGGGACAUCGGGGUCAUCACACCCUACCGGAAGCAGGUGGAAAAAAUCAGAAUUCUUUUGCGAAAUGUUGAUCUGAUGGACAUAAAGGUUGGAUCAGUGGAGGAGUUUCAAGGGCAAGAAUAUUUGGUUAUCAUCAUCUCCACAGUGCGGUCAAAUGAAGAUAGGUUUGAAGACGAUAGAUAUUUUUUGGGUUUCUUGGCCAACUCAAAAAGAUUUAAUGUUGCAAUCACCAGACCCAAAGCCUUGCUGGUCGUGCUGGGAAACCCCCACGUUCUGGUCAAGGACCCCUGUUUCGGUGCGUUACUGGAAUACAGCAUCACGAAUGGCGUCUACACGGGGUGCAACCUGCCCCCAGAACUGCAGGCCCUGCUGCAGCCCGGAUCCACAGCCCCAGUUGGGAAGGCAGGGCCUGCAGGACUGACGCCACACCACGGGGAGCCACUGUCCACGUCUCUGUGCUGGCCCUGCAGCCUGCCUUGAACCCUAGCCUUGGCCAUGAGCGUGGGGCCAUGGGUCAGAUGGAACCUGCUGUUCCCAUACCAGCCCGUUCCUGCCACUGGGCAGUUACUUCAACUGUCACCAAAAUAAAUGCUGACCUGGGAACCUGG